CUUUCUCUCACACACUUAUGUUUUCGAAGUCAUUCCUGGCAAAUAAAAGUUUCCUAAAAUGUCACAGGAGAAGAAAGACGCCUGCAGCCUAGAUGACGCCAGAGGUUAUCUUGAGGAGUACUUCAUGCCUCUGAUGUGUGAAAUCCCAGACGAGGGACAGGGAGGUCUUAAGUGCAUCGACAUUCUUCACGGCGUCUUUAACAGCGGUGAAGUUAAAGGAAAACGACUGAUAGACGUCGGUUGUGGACCAGUGCUCUACCAGCACAUCAGCGCCAGUAGGUUCUUCUCUGAGAUCGUCUGUGCAGAGUACAGUGAGUCCGGCCGUGCUGAGAUUGAGAAGUGGGUUGCUGAGGACCCAGACGCCUUCGACUGGAGUGAAUAUGUCCAGUACUUCUGCGACAUGGAAGGAACCAGAGACAUCUGGGAAGAACGCCAGAAACAGCUCCGCCGGGCUAUCAAGGCUGUUAUACCCUGCGAUGUCCACAAACCCAACCCCAUAGAACCGCUCCUGAUGGAACCCUUCGACGUUGUCAUGACGCUAUUCUGCAUUGAAAAUGCUUGCGGUGACAGGUAUUGAUGCUUCUUUGUAACACAUCAAAUUUAUAAGAAAGAUU